UUUAAAUUUUUCAAGGGAUGAAAUUUUGCUCAAUAAUGACUUGACACUAUCAGAUAAUCCUCCACUUACUCAGAAUUUGUGUUAAUGGACCUGUUGUGGUGGUGACUUUUACCCUGUACAUUAAAUACAUUGGCAGGUAGUUUUUCAUUUAGUGGACUAGUCUCCGUCGAAAGACUUCAGUAGAGAGAAGUGUUUGUUCGUAAUGGAAAUCACAGAUUCAAAUCAACUGAUAUAUAUAUAUAGUAAUUGUCAAAAAUAUUUCAAAAACUGUCUUUACGGUCUCAAUCAUUGAAAGACGAUGAUUCCAACAAAAAUGCAGUUGUGGUAUCCAAAACAGUUAAUGGAUGCCAGCAGUAGAUCCGAUACGAAAUCCAGGCUGGAGAAUAAGAUUGUGGGAAAAAUGAAGGUGAAACAUUGCUACGAGAGGAAGUUAAGCCCGACUUUCUCGGAGAAAAGUGAAGAUGCUGAAAUGACAGUGGUGGAAUUCUUGAAAGAAGAUGGUAGUGGUGUUUCAAGCCGAACAAAUAGUUCUGAUGGAAGUGAUGGUGAGGUCAGUGAAAUUAUUUCACGUCAACAACAAGAUGAUGAAUAUUGUUCAAAAGGCAGGAAUAGAAGAUAUAACGCACAAGUGAAGAGGAGAGAAGACCUUCCUGACGUGACCGAUUUCAUUGAUUUCCAUUAUUGGACAAGGGAGGUGAUAUGUUGUGGUACAAUUUAUCGGGGGAGAUGUGGAGAAACCCUUUCCGAUCCGAGAUUCUUAAGACCAUGCGGAGCAGCGCUCAAAAGUAGCCAGCACGAGACAAAGGAGAUCGACAACGAUGAUUCUUAUAUUAAUACAGGUAGCUCUUCCGAGACCAGUAGCUGUAAUACUUCAGAUUCAGGAGAAGAUGAAUAUUUAAACCGAGGAAUGAGUAGAACAGAAAACCAAAACUCUGAGCUGGAUGGAAAUUCAAUAUGAAGUAAUUGGAUAGUGCAAUAGAGAAUUAUAAUGAUGAAAGAUUGAUGCACAAAAUUUCAUUGAUUUCUGACUUGUCUAGAUCAGUUUUCUUAGCUGCGGAAAUCAUGAAAUCAAUAUGAUUUUGCUAAUCUUACGUUUGCAAUAACACAAAAAUUUUCGUUCUUCCGUACAAUUGUUUAUAGAUAUAUUUAUUCCUGUCAAUAUUUGAUUUUGUAUC